AUGGAAGCUCAUACAUCUGCCGACAUGUUUUCAAAAGUCCUGGAAAAUCAGUUGCUUCAGACCACUAAACUAGUGGAAGAACGUUUGGAUGCUGAAAUUCAGAAAAUGGACCAGAUGGACGAGGAUGAACUGGAACUCCUCAAAGAAAAGAGACUUAAGGCCCUAAAGAAAGCUCAGCAGCAGAAACAAGAAUGGCUUUCAAAAGGACAUGGGGAAUACAGAGAAAUCCCUAGUGAGAGAGACUUCUUUCAAGAAGUUAAGGAGAGUAAAAAUGUGGUUUGCCAUUUCUACAGAGACUCCACAUUCAGGUGUAAAAUACUAGACAAACAUUUAGCGAUAUUGUCCAAGAAACACCUGGAGACCAAAUUUUUGAAGCUGAAUGUGGAAAAGGCACCUUUCCUUUGCGAGAGACUGAAGAUCAAAGUCAUCCCCACACUAGCACUGGUGAAAGAUGGGAAAACGCAAGAUUACGUCACUGGGUUUACUGACCUGGGAAAUACAGAUGACUUCACCACGGAGACUUUAGAGUGGAGGCUUGGUUGCUCUGAUAUUAUCAAUUACAGUGGAAAUUUAAUGGAGCCACCAUUUCAGAGCCAAAAGAAAAUUGGAACAAACUUCACAAAGCUGGAAAAAAAAACUAUCCGAGGAAAGAAAUAUGAUUCGGACUCUGAUGAUGAUGAUUAG